AAUAGUUAAUAUAGGCUUCCCAAGAUUAUGACCAUUUUCAUUCCUUUCAAAUUUCAUUUCUCAAGUUUCAUUUCAAAGGAUCGAAUCAUGAUACACCAAAACGAAGAUGACCAACAAUCUAAGGUUCUAUACGAGCUUUGUUCCAUGAUAAUCCACACUCUCAAGUUCCCUUUACCCUCCCCACGCUACAGUACUCAACAUCCAUAUUCUUCAACUUCUAUAGCUUCUUCUUCUUCUUCUUCGUCUUCUAAGAGACAGCCAUGGUGGACGACAACGUUAUCAACAUCCCCGAAGGACUCACCGGCAGCAUUUGCAUCUCUUUUUUUCGGCAUAUGCGUAGCUUUAAUGCUUUUUGGAUCGGUCACUUUCUUAAUUGGGUUGCUUUUGUUGCCUUGGAUUACUCUUUUAGUGCUGGUUUUCUAUGUUGCUGCUUUUGUCUCUAACUUGUCCUUGUUAGGUCGUUUCAUUGUUGGUUCCUUUGGGGUUGCACUUGCGCAAGCAUGUUCAAGAUGAGAUAAGGCCAAUAUACUGCUAGAAAGCUAGGAGGGAAGGAAUUGUCAGAGAAACUAAGGUUACUUAGGUACUGAGGUAUUGACAUGGGUUAGUCUGGUGGUAUUGACUUGAAACAAGAGUGUCUUUCUCUCCAAUGUCUUAAGUUCGAUUCUCCUCGAUGUUAGUUUGAGUGGAUUAAUUUAGCUUCUUAAAAAAAAUAGGUACUGAGAUGCAUGUUUCAUAGUAUUAAAGAACAUAAUCUUGUUAUUGAGAAUUAAUAAUGAUGUUUACAUUUGCAAGAGCUAGUAUGAUUAUUUAUAUAUCUUCUUCCAUUGAAAUUUUGU